CGAAAGCACUACGUGUGCAGUGACUGUGGGAAAGGCUUCUGCCAGAAGUACAGACUUGCUCAGCACCAGAGAAUUCACAGUGGAGAGAGGCCUCACGGGUGCAGCGAAUGUGGGAAAAGCUUCAGCUACAAACACACACUUGUUCGGCAUCAGCGGACUCACACUGGAGAGAGGCCGCACAAGUGCAGCGAGUGCGGGAAAACCUUUAGCUACAAACACACGCUUGUUGGGCACCAGCGAGUUCACACGGGGGAGAGGCCGUAUCAGUGCAGCGAGUGCGGGAAAUUUUUCAGCCAUAGCUGCAGCCUUCGCGAGCAUCAGAGAAUCCACACUGGGUCUCGGCCUUAUAAAUGCCGCGACUGUGGAAAAUUCUUUACCUCCAACUCCAACCUCGUAAAACACCAGAGAGUUCACACAGGAAGGAGGCCUUACGAGUGCAGUGAGUGUGGGAAAUGUUUUACCCAGAGCCCCAGCCUGAUUAUACAUCAGAGGAUCCACACUGGUGAGAGGCCCUAUGAGUGCACCGAGUGCGGCAAGGUGUUCAGCCAAAGUUCCACCCUCAGCAAACACCAGAGAGUUCACACGGGAGCCAGGUCUUACAGGUGCAGCGAGUGUGGGGAGUUCUUCAGCCAAGGCACCCAACUGGCCCGGCAUCGGCAAGGUCACGUCAGAGACAGGCCUCAGGGGUGCAGCAGGUGUGGGUAGGUCUUCCUGCAGGAUCCGCUCUUACUCAGCACCAGGAACUUCACGUCCCAGGCAGACUGUGGCUGCCGCUAAUGUGGGAAAGUCUUCAGCUGGAAGUCUAACCUCGCUCAGCGUCAGAAAUGUCACAGUGGAGAAAGGCCUGGGCAUGAGAUGGGAUAGCAGGGCGUGAGCUCUCUCUCACACAACAUAUGAAAAACUGAAAAAACCCUGUAGCGACAACCUCGCUUUUGACCCCUGAGCCACAGCUGACAACACAGUUCUUCAGGCUGGCACUGGGCACCUUCGGAGAGGCCCCCGGCGGGGCUCAGGCCGGACAGGCAGGUACCACGGGGGAGCGAGGCAGCAGCUGACAUGUUUUCUUUCUUUUUAAAAAAAUAUAUUUUAUUGAUUUUUUACAGAGAGGAAGGGAGA